CCCAGCAGAAAUCGUUGAAUUUUUUCGACGCGAAUUUCCUUUGCAGGAAGGAGGAUUGCCUUUCCAGGUGCCGUGAAAGGCUCUGUAUUGCUACCGAAAACAUGGACUACCCAGAUAAUAUACCAAAUUCCACUUGACACUCGGCACUCUGGAACAACUGGGAGCUGCUCAACCGAUCGACCGGUACUUACGCCAAAUUCCUACCAUCCUCGAUAGCCAGGUCCCAGGAGCAGCAACACUGGCCCUCCGGUGCACGAUGGCCAAAGAUGACCGAUCCUUCAGGCCGUUCAUCCCCAGGCGAUAUAAACAAUCUGCUGAUCUGGCAGCAGCCGCACCCACUCAUAUUUGCUCAGUAUGAAUAUCGGGCAUCACCCACGAUGGAGACGCUUCGCAAGUGGGAGGAUGCCGUUCGGGAAACGGCGAAUUGGAUGGCAGAUUUUGCGUGGUACAACGAGUCUACAGGCGUCUAUGACCUUGGACCACCCUUGUACGACGUGAGCGAAGAUAGCGGUCCCAAUGUGACUGUGAAUCCCGCGUUCGAAUUGGCGUAUUGGCGGUUGGGAUUGGGCUACGCCGAAGAAUGGAUGAAGAAUCUCGGCGAGGAAGUACCAAGCAGUUGGACGGUGGUCAAAGACAAUCUGGCCUCACUUCCUGUCAAUAACGGCACCUACAAGGUGUACGAAACGAUUGGGGAUGAUUUUUGGACGGAUCCGGCGCAUAUAUUCUUUCACCCGACAUUAGUGGGGUUGUAUGGAUGGCUUCCGGAGACAGAGGGAUUGAACCUCACGAUUGCGAAAGCGACGGCCGAGAAGGUGCGAGAGUAUUGGAUUGUGACGUAUAUUUGGGGGUGGGAUUUCUCGAUGCUUGCUAUGUCGUCAGCACGUAAUGGGGAAGCCGAAGACGCCGUCGACUGGCUGUUACAUCCUCAUUUGAAUUUCGACGAUGUUGGGAUGCCAUUGAGUAACGUACGUGUUGCUACGCCAUAUUUUCCGGGCGCAGGUGGGCUCUUGUAUGCUGUUGUGAUGAUGGCGGGUGGUUGGGAUGGUAGCGAAGGGGAUGCGCCAGGAUUUCCGAAAGACAGCUGGGUUGUUCGCUAUGAAGGUUUGAGUAGAGCCUUGUAA